AUGAAGAACACUUUUGCUCUUUGUUCUUAUUUACUCCUCCUUGUUACCCUUUUGGGUCUAGUAUUCUCAAAUUGCAAAGCCAACCAAGUUGACAACCUUGAUGAGUUGAUUAAUUCAAGAAGCUCAGAGAAUGCUCCUAAGACUCUUUCAUGGACAAAAGAAGAUGCAUACAUACCAAAAUAUUAUCAUACUUCUUCUAUUGGUCCAUCUCCAUCACAAGAGGAGCAAAAGUUGGCUGAUAAAAUAACUGCAUUGCCAGGUCAACCAUAUUAUGGGUCAAAUUUUGACCAAUAUGCAGGGUAUGUUACUGUUGAUCCAAAUGUUGGGAGAGAUCUUUUCUAUUAUUUUGUGGAGUCUCCAGCUAAUUCCUCUCAGUACAACCCUUUGGUUUUGUGGCUCAAUGGAGGUAUUUUAAAAUAGGAUGAAAUAUUCUCUCUAAAUUGUUUGUUGAAUAAAUUAUCAUUUAUACUCAUGAAAAAUAUAAACGCUAACAAAUUGGCUAAUGUUCUGUUCUUGGAAUCCCCUGCUGGAGUGGGAUUCUCGUACACACAAAAUGACUCACAAACAUUUUUCCCUACUUCCGGUGACAAGGCUGCUGCAAAGGAUGCCUACGUGUUCCUGGUUAACUGGCUAGACCGGUUUCCAGAGUACAAAGACCGUGAAAUUUACAUCACUGGCGAGAGCUAUGCCGGUCACUAUGUGCCUCAGCUUGCAUAUACUAUUGUUGUCAACAAUCUUUUCAGACAAAUUGCCAACCAAUCUGUUAUCAACCUUCAAGGCAUUGCUAUUGGGAACCCAUGGGUUGAUGAUUUUACUGGUGUAAAGGGGUUAUUUGAUUACCUCUGGACUCAUGCUUUGAACUCAGACCAAACUCAUGAGCUCAUUGAGACAUACUGUGACUUCAAACCCCAUCAACCCAUUUCCUCUAUUUGUAUCAAUGCAACAAGAAAUGCCUUCGCUGAGAAAGGACCCAUUGACUCCUAUAAUAUAUACGCACCACUCUGUCACGACACCUCUCUCAAACCUUCUCAAACUGGCUCUGUAUACAAUUUCGACCCAUGCUCUGAUGUGUACGUGCAAGCCUAUCUAAAUAGGCCAGAGGUCCAAGAAGCUCUUCAUGCAAAACCCACACAAUGGAGCCACUGCAGUUUUUUUCAGUGGAAGGACAGCCCAGUUACAGUCCUACCCCUCAUCAAGAAGCUCAUCGACCACAAUAUUAAUGUCUGGAUAUACAGUGGUGAUGUAGAUUCAAGAGUGUCAGUCACAGCUACCAGAUAUGCACUCAACGUCCUCAAGCUCCCUAUUGUGACCCCUUGGUAUCCAUGGUAUUCUGAAAACGAGAUUGGAGGAUAUGCGGUGCAAUACAAAGGAUUGGUAUUUGCGACAGUGAGAGGAGCAGGGCAUAUGGUUCCAAGCUGGCAGCCAGAACGGGCUUUCAACUUGAUCUUAGCAUUCCUCAGUGGAUAUCCCUCCCCUCCUGGUUCACCAAAAUGA